AUGAAAUCCACAUCUGUCCCAUCACCCGAGCCCUCACAGAGUCACGGUCCAGCCACUUCAUUGCGUGUAAUUUUCGGCGUCAGCCAAAAAAGCAAUUCCCACUCCACUGCCACCCAGGGAAGAAAAAAAGACACCGCAAUCUUCUUGCCAACAGCAACAACAAUCGAAAGAGAAAGAUCUGUUCCUAGCUCUUCCGUCUCCCCCUCCCUCGGCCAGAAGUCAAACGGACGCCAGCCCUCACUAUCGUCAAGCAUCACGCUAGACCUCGAGACAAACAGAGCAGACGAUCCAGCACCAUACCGAGCAUACCCACGCCAAAUCUGCCCCCACGGACACCAUCCAGCUGUCGACACCAGCAACCGCGACCAAGUCCUCGACCGUGCAUCCGCUGGAGAUUCUCCCUAA